CGCCUCCCUUGUGUGGGAACAGUAGAAGCAUGUGAGUUCAGUGCAUCCUGAGCGUUUGCGGCGCCAUGUCACCGCUGGUAAUACUCGGCAUUUUGUGGUUGGCAUUACUCGUCAGUGCUUUUACGGAUAGUACGGAAUGCCAGAUUUACAAUAACCUUGACGUAUGCAUGGAGGGUACCAAGCUCCAUAGCGUCUCUUUCGUGGAUGUGAGGGCCGUUCAAACGAUAGACGAUAUUGAGUUGCAUUUGGAGAAUCUUGGUAUCACGGAAAUAUCGAAUAACGCUUUUGCAGAUGUUAGAAAUGCCUCCUCUCUCUACCUCAAGGAAAACAAGAUAUCAAAAAUUUCUAUAAACUUUUGUCAAUUCAUGGACCAACUGACUUAUUUGGACCUGUGCAAUAAUACCAUAAGUGAAAUAGAAGACGGCAGUUUUUCCAAGCUGAUUAGCUUGGAGACUUUGCUACUCGACUACAACAGUCUGACGACUUUUCAUCACCACACGUGGAAGGGCCUAUCGCACCUGCACGAGCUUUAUCUGACCAACAAUAGCAUCGUGCUGAAAAAGAACAUGUUCAAAGGACUGAGGCACCUCGAGACUUUGGCACUUGACGCAAAUGGAAUAACCAAAAUCCCCGUUGGAACCCUCAACGGUCUGCCAAACCUGGAUCUACUUUAUCUAUCUCGAAAUUUGCUAUCUAGCAUAACUGCCGAGGUAUUUCGCAACCUCGGUGAAGUGAACGAACUCGAUUUGGGCAGAAAUCGCAUCACUACAAUCCCCGAUGGAGUCUUCAGACACCUCAGAAAUCUCGAGUCACUAUGGCUCAAUGGAAACCAUCUGACGACGCUGCAGGCGGGUGCGUUUGAUGGUUUGGAAAACCUUUCGUCCCUUUUCCUCAACGGCAACGAUUUUCGCAGUGUCGAACUUACCACUUUUGAGCGAAUGAAAAACGUUACCAUUGAACCUGGGUUCCGAGUAAGCGGUUCAAUCGUCAGGAAAUUCAACACAUUUCAGGGAAGAUUCAAAUGCAGCAAUUGUGAUUAUCAGGAACCAUACGACUGCGAGAAAAUUAAUGAUUAGACACUGAGUCACCUCGAUCUACAAGUAUCUUCUCAUCCAUUCUUCUUCUUAGAAACGUACAACAAACGUACAAUACGUAUAUUUAAGGAUGUCUUUUUUUCUCGUUUGUCCACAUGAUCAAUGUGAAGUAUGUGAUUAGCGUCUUAUUUCUUUGGAUAGAUUUGAAGAUUAGAACUCAUCCGAUAAUUCUAUUGAGCAUUUGAAAAAUCGACUGAAUAAAUUUUUCUAUCUCAUAUUAUAGGUUCGGAAUAUUAGCUUUAUUUAAUUAGCUCACUGACGUGGCUGCGCUUGCACAGAAUUAGAAUAUUGAUAGAUGUUUGAGCGUAAAUGUACCAUGUCUUCGACCUAACAAUAUUAACAUAGUGGACGCCUGUGUGAAGCGUUGUGUUUAUCAGGUAAUGACAAAUGUGGCAUGCAUCCAGAUAACAAGUUCAUAUAUUAUUACGAUUCACUUCAUUUAUAAAAUAUUAUCAACGACUAUGGUGAUACACAUAUAAUCAUACAGGAACUCAAUGUAUCCAAUAUUACUAUCAUUUCAUAUACGAGCGUCCUUUAUUUUUACUUUUUUAUCUCUGCAGCUUGAGGUUAAUUCAAACAUACUCACGAUAUUGUAAAAUGAGACAUGUAUGAUAACUUAUAUUUUUCUUACAAUUAGCAAUAAAUAUGGUAAGAUACAAAAUUGACACGAGAAAAAUACAUCGUACUUAUAAACACGUCGAAAAACAAUGACGUAUUUUGUGUUUAUCACAGCCUUUUACAGCUGUUGCAGCUGAAAAAUUUGAUGAAAUAUCGGGCUUAGUACGAUAUAUGACUUUACCUAUUAACUCAAUAAUUAAUUCUUUGUCUGUAGCAUUACAGUCUCGAUACAAAUAAAUGACAUUUGCAUAAUUUGUGUGAUAUUCUUAUUCCAAUUAAAGAACGGAGAACAUUGCGGAGCAGU